AUGACAUCUCCGGCGACGAAGGUUUGUCGUUCUGGCGAUCAUGGCCGGCAUUUCGGCUCGUUUGUUCCUCCGAGGGGUGCUAACGUUACUGGUUCUGUAGACUUCGCCUUCGACGAUGAACCUGAUGUAGAUAUCGACUCACAAAAGGAAAUCGGAUAUAAAAAGAAAGCCGCCUAUGAUAUCAGCUUCAGGGUCUUUCAGCCGAGCGAUAUCCAGAGACAACAAGACGAGCUGAUCGACGAGGUCAACAUGAUCCUGGAUAUCUCCAAAGCAGAGGCGGCCAUCCUCCUUCGAUAUUUCAGGUGGAAUAAGGAGCGGUUGAUUGAAGACUAUAUGGACAGGCCAAGCCAAGUUCUCGAUGCUGCCGGCCUUUCCCAGUCGACAGCCGGUCCACCCAGGAUGAAAAUCAUCCCCAACUUUGUCUGCGACAUCUGCUGCGAAGACGAGCCCGGACUGGAGUCGUUUGCCCUCAAGUGCGGUCACAGGUACUGUGUGGACUGCUAUCGCCACUACCUGUCGCAGAAGAUUCAAGGAGAGGGUGAAGCAGCCCGCAUCCAAUGCCCCUCCGAGGGUUGCACAAUCAUCAUCGACGCCCGAUCGUUGGAUCUUCUCGUCACGCCAGAGUUGACCGAACGGUACCACGAAUUGCUCCAUCGAACCUACGUGGAAGACAAGGAAACACUCAAAUGGUGUCCCGCACCAGACUGCCAAAAUGCCGUCGAAUGCGGCGUGAAAAAGAAAGACCUCGACAAGGUGGUUCCCACCGUCUCCUGUCUCUGCAGCCACCGGUUCUGUUUUGGUUGUAUAUUAAACGACCACCAACCGGCGCCGUGCGAGUUAGUAAAGAAGUGGCUGAAGAAGUGUGCCGAUGACUCAGAGACUGCCAACUGGAUAUCGGCCAAUACUAAGGAGUGUCCGAAGUGCAACAGUACAAUCGAAAAGAACGGCGGCUGCAAUCACAUGACUUGCCGGAAAUGCAAGCACGAGUUCUGCUGGAUGUGCAUGGGGCUUUGGUCUGAACACGGCACGAGCUGGUACAACUGCAACCGGUUCGAAGAGAAGAGCGGGCUGGACGCCAGAGACGCGCAAGCUAAAUCCCGAGUGUCUCUGGAACGUUACUUGCAUUACUACAACCGGUACGCCAACCACGAUCAAUCAGCUCGCCUAGACAAGGACAUCUACCACAAGACGGAAAAGAAGAUGGUACAGCUACAGAAGGAAUCGGGUAUGUCCUGGAUCGAGGUGCAGUACCUGAACUCCGCCUCGCAGGCGCUCCAGACGUGCCGCCAGACCCUGAUGUGGACGUAUGCUUUUGCCUUCUAUCUCGCCCGCAACAACUUGACCGAGAUCUUUGAAGACAACCAAAAGGAUCUGGAAAUGGCUGUCGAGGCUCUCUCCGAGAUGUUUGAAAAGCCGAUAUCAGAACUCGCCGACUCGAAACUCAAGGUGGAAAUCAUGGACAAGACGUCGUACUGCAACAAGCGCAGGGUGAUUCUUCUCGACGAUACUGCCCAGAACCUGGCUGAAGGACGGUGGACCUUCAAUAUCGAAUUGACUGGCGCCAUGCCUAACAGCGGGCCGAGCGCUCAGCGUUAG